GCUGCGUGUUAGGGCAGAGCCUGAAAGGGGGGUCGGGGGUGGGCCGGGGCCUUCUCCGGGGUGUCCCUUGUCCCUGGACUCUGUUCCCUCGACAAAAACGUUCCCCAGCGUUUGUAGUGGAGAUAGGAGCGAGCCGCGGUUAGGCGGUUACAAGAUGGACCUCUGCGUAGGUGGUGGCCGAACUGCGCGUUCUGGCAUGCCUGGUAUCUAGACUAAUUACUAAACAGCUGAGCUCUCGAGGAGUUGAAUUUGUUUCUUCUGGGGUAAUGUUUAGGCAUCUAAUUUACCCCCGUCUCCAGGUUAUAAAAUCUGUUGUAUUCUGUUUGAUAUCUUCGGUGAGGGUAGACAUAGUAUUAUCUUACAGUCACAGGGGAAAAACAUGCCUUUUCAGCUGCAGUAUAAAUAUUAAUGUAAUUCUGAGUUCUCAUACCUUAAAAAAAGGCUGAACAGGCUUUCUUCAAAUUUUGAGGUGGUCUACCUCAGGCCUAAAAAUGACCUUGAGUGUUUCCGGGCAAUAGGUGUCUAGUUAAGAAAACUAUAAUUUAAUGGAAAAAUAUUGAUAUCAAGAUGUAACAUUUAAAUUCUCCACUUAUGUUUUUAUUUCUAUAACACAGCAAAAGAGGUAUAGUUACAAAAAAAAAAAUAAUCAUCAAACAUCAUGCAUACAUUUCACUUGCGCACCUGAAAUUGGCUUUCAUGUAUUUCUUUUUUCCUUAUAAAGCGCAUGUCAUUGUUUGAAAUGUGUUAGUGCUUUAUUUUAGGGAAGUCGGUAGAAGAGGUUUUCUUAGUUCUGAUUUGACCAGCUAUGUUUUUCCCAUAGAAGAAAAGGUAUUUGUGGAAGCCCAAAGCCUUAAAAUUGCCAGGAAAAGACUUCCAAGCAAUGUGUUGGCUUUGAUUAGUAUUUUAGACUCACAACACGCAUUUCUCUGGAGCUGAUGUUUUCCUAACACUUUCAGCUUGGCUUAAAAAGCUACUUUGCUGGGAUGUUUUAAACGGUUAAAAACCCUCUAGGAUUUGAAGUUAAUUUAAAUUAAUUGAAGGAAAUACUUCUGGCCUCACCAAAGAAAUAACUGGAAUCAUGGAUCAGAACAACAGCUUGCCACCCUACGCUCAAGGCUUAGCCUCUCCUCAGGGUGCAAUGACCCCAGGAAUUCCAAUUUUUAGCCCAAUGAUGCCAUACGGCACAGGACUGACACCACAGCCUGUCCAGAGCACCAACAGUCUCUCCAUCCUAGAGGAACAGCAGCGGCAGCAACAGCAGCAACAAGCAGCACAACAAUCUACAUCACAGCAAGCGACACAGGGAACAUCUGGUCAAACUCCCCAGCUGUUCCACUCACAGACUCUUACCACAGCCCCUUUGCCGGGAACCACACCACUGUACCCCUCUCCAAUGACCCCGAUGACUCCAAUAACUCCUGCAACACCGGCAUCUGAGAGCUCUGGGAUAGUGCCGCAGCUACAGAAUAUUGUGUCCACGGUGAAUCUUGGUUGCAAACUUGACCUAAAAACUAUUGCGCUUCGUGCCCGAAAUGCUGAAUAUAAUCCCAAGCGUUUUGCUGCUGUUAUUAUGAGAAUAAGAGAACCACGUACUACUGCACUUAUAUUCAGCUCUGGGAAAAUGGUGUGCACAGGAGCAAAAAGUGAGGAGCAAUCCAGACUGGCAGCAAGGAAGUAUGCAAGAGUUGUUCAGAAACUGGGUUUUCCUGCAAAAUUUUUGGAUUUUAAAAUUCAGAACAUGGUAGGCAGCUGCGACGUGAAAUUUCCCAUCAGAUUAGAAGGAUUGGUACUCACACACCAGCAGUUCAGCAGCUACGAGCCAGAAUUGUUUCCUGGUUUAAUCUACAGAAUGAUCAAGCCAAGAAUUGUUCUGCUUAUUUUUGUUUCUGGAAAAGUGGUUUUAACUGGUGCUAAAGUACGAGCAGAAAUCUAUGAAGCAUUUGAAAACAUCUAUCCUAUUUUAAAGGGAUUCAGAAAGACAACGUAACGGUGUCUAAAUCUUUCAGAGAAAUCAGGGGUAUAUUUUAAAAGGUAUCGCGUAUGGCACAGCAGUAAGGAGAUGGACUUCAGUGAAACUGCAACACCAGGACUUGGACUAUUUCCCAGUUAGUGCCUACGUUCCCUGAUGCUCAAGGGGAACUGUAUUCUUGAUUAUGUCUACUGAGUUACUGUGAGUUGCUUUACUGGGCUGUUCCUGGAGCAGUCCCUCCAAGUUUUAUUUAUAUUCUAGCUUUUAAAUAGUUUUAAUGCCAGUUCUAUUAAUAGAAAAUCCAUAAAUUGGUUUAAAAGACAAAUGCAACUGUGUCACUCAGUGUAUAAACCACUUAAAUUGCCAUGUAUAUAUGUUUUAACUUCCUUCCGUAAGACCACGGUUUUUAUAAUUUUCAGAACAUAAGCUUUUAAAUUUUUUCAAUUUUAAAUUUCUUUGGUGCCAGACACAUUCCCUCUUUCCAGUAUUAAGCAAGACAGAAUAAAUUUAUUACUGAAAAUGGCUCACUGUACAUAUAUAUAUAAUAUAUACCUUCCUUCUCUUUCUUCCUUCAGCUCCACAUGUACAAUAAAUCCUGUUUAUACUAUUAUGGGAACUGUCUUAAUGAAUUUUAAAAUGACCCAGCUGGUAGAGUGAAAUACAUUGAAAAGUUUGGUAUUUUUUUUUUAAAUUUAAUCUGGAUUUUUCAAUAACACAUGCACUGCUCUAAGUGACGUGUCAUUUGGGGAGAAUCUUAACAAUGCUCUGGUUUGCUUAACAGCAGUUACGUCCUUGGCAACAUCUAGCUUGACUAUUUCUAGUAUGUUAAAGCGAAAGAGACGACCGGUUAAGAAAGUUUAUCUUCAAGUAUGUGUUGCCUUAUGUUCAACAGAUGGGAUUUAUGCAAGUCUUAAAUAGCUACACUUGACUGAAUUGGAACAAAACAUCCCUGCUUAGCUUCUAGAAUUUCUUUAAACUACUACUUUUUGUAUUUUGCCAACUAUGACAGUCUCACUGUAGUAGUGUUCCUGUAAAAUAUCAAAGCCCUUCUGACUAGAGUCAGUAUGUACAUAAUCUUCCAUCUGAACUGUGCUUGAAGCUUAACGGGCUGAGAACUAAAAAUAAACUUUUUUUUUUCCUCCAGAAAACUUCCAGUCAUAGUAACAUCCUUUCUGUGACUUGCACGUUCUUUCAAACAGCUUUUAUCUAAAACUAACCCACAUGUAACCACGGUCUCUUUAUUUACUAAGUUGGUUUUGGCUGGCUUUUCUACCACUCCGUUUGCAAAUCUUGAGUGACCUUAAUCCUUAGUCUUCCCUACUCCCCCCAUAGUGGCGUACACUGCUGUUUCUCCAGGUGUUUUAAUAAUUGGUUUAAUGGAUUUUAUGAGGGAGCUGCUGUUUAGUAGUGUAGCUCUUCCAGGGUAAGGUCAAGAUGCCCAAAGACUGCCUUGCCUUCAGUGCCACACAACUGCUGUGAGCUAGUGAACGUUGCUCCGUGCUCGUGAACAUAACUGUGUGACUGGCCAGGUUUUUGCAGGAUGCUGAACUAUUACCAACUUACCCGCAAAACUCUGCAGGAAAAUCUAGAGCCUUAAGUAAUUGUGGAAUGGUUUUCAAUAAAAUCAGCCAAGCUGUACUAUAGUGACUUAAGAUACUGUUUGCUGUUCCGUGACAUGUACUAAGGCUUAAAACCUGCCCUUUUAGAAAUUAAGUUCUGUGAUGACCAAACAGCUUAUAGA